AUGCCAUUGAAUGGACGAGAUCGAGAGUCGAGUCCAUCGUCACGAACUCGUUGCGAGAUACGCAGUGUGUUGGUGAAGCAUUGGCGAGCCAUCGAACGUGCUCGCCUUCAUACAUUCCACUUAUGGCUACUUCUCUUCUCAAUCACGCAAAUCGCUGUCAUCAAUUAUUUAUUACCAAAGAUCCUGCAAAUAUGGUUAAGGCAGGAGGAAUUCCUCGGCACCGAUUUUCCGUCUGACAAUUACCAGCUAACCACUGUCAAAGUCUUACGGGUUCUAGCCAAGAACUACUGA